AUGGGUAGAGGAAAGAUUGUGAUCCGAAGGAUUGACAAUUCAACAAGCAGGCAAGUGACUUUCUCAAAGAGAAGGAAUGGAUUGUUGAAGAAGGCUAGGGAGUUAUCGAUCCUUUGCGACGCUGAAGUCGGAUUGAUUAUCUUUUCCAGCACCGGCAAGCUCUAUGAUUAUGCCAGCACUAGCAUGAAAUCUGUUAUCGAACGCUACAAGAAGCAAAAAGAAGAAUAUCAUCAAUUGAUGAAUCCUGCUUCAGAAGUCAAGUUUUGGCAAAAGGAGGCAGCAAGCUUGAGGCAACAACUACAAUACUUGCAAGACUACCACAGGAAAUUGAUGGGAGAAGAACUAUCUGGUUUAAGUGUCAAAGAUCUACAGAACCUGGAUAACCAACUUGAAAUGAGUUUGAAAGGUGUCCGCAUGAAAAAGGUAUGA